AGGUUAGUCGAAGCGAUUUUACGCUUGCUUAAGGCCUUGACACAAGGUAAACUAAAACGUAGCAAUAAGCGGAUUAUGACCGGACCAAUCGUGAUCGAGACAGCUUCGGAAAUCUCCAAUGAUGAUUGGUCGAUCGGCUUGCUAGCUACGCUUAUUGUUUACGUUUUUCCUUGCGCCGAGGCCUUAAAUAUUGCACGCCGCCGUCGUAGGCCGGCGGCAACGAAAACUGUGUUGCGCGCUGUCGGCUGUCGCUGCGACACGCAGGACGCAGUGCAUCGCGAACGUCGGAGUGGGUUUGAACUGACGUUAGCCGCUGACGGAUCUUGCGAGCGGCCCAACGAUACUUGGUGAAAUGAGCAUCGGAGAAAUCGUAGAUUUUGUGGCACUUGAUGCGAACGUACAAGAGCUGAUAAGAGAGAGUGUGGCGGUGCGUGAGAACUCAUAUGCGCCGUACAGUAAAUUCAAAGUCGGCGCAGCGGUGCGAUGCGCUGACGGCAGCAUCUCUCGAGGCUGCAACGUGGAGAACGCGUCCUUCCCGGCGGGCAUCUGUGCAGAGACAUUGGCGAUCGCUCGGGCUGUUUCGGACGGCAGGAAAAAAUUCACGACGUUAGCUGUGGUCGCAGACCACGAGGACAGUGUGUUCACCACGCCGUGUGGAGUGUGCCGGCAGGUGAUCGCCGAGUUCGGUGAUAUUCCCAUUUACCUGACUAGGAGCGACAUGAAACAGGUUCUGCAGAUUAGGACAAAUGACUUGUUACCACUUGCAUUCACUGUGAACAACACGAAUGCUUUGUAAUGUGUUCUUGCUCGGGAACGCUUGCCCGAUCAUAAUCGUAAAGUCUAUGAUGAAACACGUUGGAUUAUCGUGACGAUAUAUUUAAUUCGAAUAUUUAUCUACUGCAGUAAUGUUAAAUCAAUGAUACGUGACAAAUCCUGCUAUGCUUGUAGGUUUUAUUAUUAGGUGUAAUUUAUUCCCUGAAACAGUUAAUUUAAUUAUGUAAAAAUUUUAAUUUUUAUAUUUCAUUUUGCCUUAAAUUAAAUUAAAGUUUUAAAAGUUAAUGUAACAUUGUUUCGAGAGCAUUAACUAUCCAAAGAAUCUCUUCUUGGCAAUAAAUCUCAUAGCGUACCAUGUUGUUUCCAAUUCUUGUAAUUUUGGCGCACGAAAGGAUUUAUUAUUGCUGAUUUAAAAUUUGGAUAUAUUGUAAAUCGUUUAUGCAGUCAGUAUAUAUUCAAUUCAAUAUGAUUCAAUAUGACUGAGUUUUAUCUCACAGCUGUUUUUUAUACGAAAUAAAAAUCAACGAUGCAGAAAUAUUUCAAGAAAGGAGGAGCAGAAUCUUUAUGCUGAGUAAUCAUGUUUUCUCAAGAAAUUGAUGUAGACGGUAUAUCAUUAACUGUCAACUAAACAUUUGUAAUGUACACAAUGUGCUAAUAGUAUACAUUCUGCACGCUAUAAUCGAGCGUUACUGUAUCACAUAUAAAUCAUACAAUAAAAGGUAUGUACAUACG